AUGCGCCUCAUCAAGCCUGCAUGGCUGAGCCAUAGCGGCGAACAGAAGGACUUCGAGGUAUACAGCCUCGACGUCUCCCCCGAUGGGACUCGAUUGGCAACAGCCGGCGGCGACGGACACGUGAGGGUCUGGUCAACUGAUGCCAUUUACCAUUCCGACGACCGAAAUUACAUCAAACCGCGACAGCUAUGCCAUAUGAGCCACCACCUGGGCACAAUCCACUCUGUGCGCUUCUCCCCGAAUGGUCGCUACCUCGCGAGCGGCGCCGACGACAAAAUCAUUUGCGUAUACCACCUCGAUAAAAGUCCUGCGACGACAGCUUUCGGAAGUAACGAGCCGCCGCCGGUCGAGAACUGGAAAACGUACAAGCGAUUGAUUGGCCACGACAACGAUGUGCAGGAUCUUGCGUGGUCUUACGACUCGUCCAUCCUGGUUUCGGUCGGAUUGGACUCCAAAGUCGUGAUCUGGUCAGGAUACACCUUUGAGAAACUGAGGGUCUUGUCUGUCCACAACAGUCAAGUCAAAGGCGUCACGUUCGAUCCGGCCAACAAGUUCUUUGCGACCGCCAGCGACGAUCGGACCAUCAAGAUCUUCCGCUUUACACCCCCAGGUCCCAAUGCGACAGCCACGGAUAUGGUUAACAACUUUGUUCUCGAGACGAGCAUAUCUUCCCCUUUCAAGAGUUCGCCCCUCACAACGUACUUUAGGCGGUGCUCCUGGUCACCCGAUGGCAACCACAUCGCGGCGGCCAACGCUGUCAACGGACCGGUCAACUCUGUCGCCAUCAUUGAGCGCACGCGCUGGGACAGUGAGAUUAAUUUGAUUGGGCACGAAGGGCCGACAGAAGUCUGUUUGUUUUCGCCUCGAUUGUUCCACACAGUCGACCCGGAUGAUCGUUCAAAAAGUGAGGCAGAGAAGGCGGCGCUUGUGACGGUCAUUGCAUCAGCUGGACAAGACAAUACCCUGAGUAUCUGGAACACAAACACUUCCAGACCUGUGACCGUGCUGGGCGAUUUGGCAGGCAAGGCAAUCACGGAUCUGGCUUGGUCUCCUGACGGUCAAACGCUAUUUGCUGCAUCGCUGGAUGGAAGCAUUGUUGUAACCCAGUUCCUGCGUGGAGAGUUGGGAUGGGUCGCUCGACCGGAGGAGAACGACCGUGCGCUAUCUAAGUAUGGCGUAUCCAGGAAAGGCAUGGGUAUCGCUGAGGAUGUGCAAGGUUUGGCACUUGAGAACCACAGCAAGGAGGGCGAGUCCAGAGCCGUGGAGAACAGAAUGGGUGCUCUCAUGGGAGACGACAACUCUUCAUCCGCUGAAGCCAUCCCGACGACCAAUGGUGCGAAGUCCACACCAACCCCCGCCACGAAUGGGGAGACAGCCCCUGAAAAGUCAGCAGAGCCCCCAGAACCCACGAAACCAGCGAGCGAGACAGAAACCAAGGUCAAGGAGAUGAAAUCGCGGGUGACAGUUGGGAAGGACGGCAAGAAACGCGUCGCGCCCAUGUUAGUGUCGUCGUCCGGAACAGGGCAAUCGUCAUUGCCACAGACACAACUAGUGGGAGCAAUCACGACGUCAAGAGGAACCCGCGACGAGGCGCCGCAGACGACACUCGAUCUUUCACGGCCCUUUGACGGUUUGCCUAAAGGAGGGAUCGCUACGUUGUUGUUGGGAAACAAACGCAAGUCAGUCGCUACAGGCGAAGACGACGGCGAUGAGCCAGCGACAAAGCGGCUUCAGAACGGGGCUGCACAGAUCGUGACAAACGGCCCAGAUGGGACGGUUGAGCCAGCUUCUCUAGCUCCGACACAACAUGGCGUUGUGCCCACGCCCGAGUUUCUGCGACCGGCUAUACUAAGCCCGAUGAUAUCAGUGGCCCAAACGCGACUGGCUGUGCCUAAAAUACGAUCACACAUCCUACGCCCAUUGGAAAAGGGGACACUCAAAGAAGAGUCGACCUUUGAAGAUGCGUCAAAGACUCCAGAAAACCUCAUUCUCGAGGCCAAGAACGACCCAAGCCCGAAGGACCCCUCGCAUGUCGUGGUAACCAAGAGGGGGGUCAUCGUGUGGGAAGAGUUCCUGCCAAGAGCAGUGAUUCUAGUGGCCGCGAACAAGAACUUCUGGGUGGUAGCUUGCGAGGAUGGGUCGAUACAUACAUGGACCCCUGCGGGUCGGCGGUUGUUAAACCCAAUGAUCCUCGAUGCCCAGCCCGUGGUUUUGGAGUGCCGCGAUCAAUGGCUUCUCUGCAUAACUUCAGUCGGACAGGCUCACGUGUGGGAUCUCAAGGCACAAUCGUCGCCGCAUCCGCCCGUUUCGCUUGCACCUAUUCUGGAUAUUGCUUCGACAUCGCUCAAUCAACAUUCAGCAACUCCCGGACCUGGUGUUACGUCGGCGCAUCUCAAUUCUACGGGUCAUAUCAUUGUCACGUUGACAAACGGGGACGGUUUCUACUACGCCCGGGACAUGUACACUUGGCAAAGACUGAGCGAAUCAUGGUGGGCGGUUGGCUCGCAGUACUGGAACUCAAACGAUUCGUCGAUAUCGGCAUUGCAAUCCACAGCAGUGGGCAGCAAAUCGAAAGACGACAAGGACAAGGGCGAGGAGGGCGCUGUGAGCGUGUCGUCUGGCGUGAUUCCGCACCUUGAGCGUCAUACCACUAAUGAGUUCCUUCUCAAGGGGCGUGCCUAUGCUCUCCAGCGCAUCAUCAAGAACGUCAUCCAGCGCCGAGACGCCGAGGGCUUGGAGAGCAGUGUCAGCGUGGCCCAUCUGGAGAACCGCAUUGCGGGAGCUCUUCAGCUUGGGUCCAAAGACGAGUUCAAGCUAUAUUUGUACAUGUACGCGAAACGACUAGGCGCUGAAGGGUCUAAAUUAAAGGUUGAGGAGCUUCUCAGCAAUCUUAUCGGAGGAUUGAUGAAAAGUAAGACCGACGACAAGGGUGGUCGCGGUUGGUACAGCACCGAUAAGGAGAUCUGUGGAUGGAAUCGGGAGGAUUUGCUGAAAGAUGUGGUCAUGAUUCUUGGGAAAUAUCGAGAGCUGCAGCGCCUAACGGUGCAGUAUGCCCGAUACCUGGAUCUGAAUUUAGAGGAGGCAUCCGUCGAUGCCGAGUCCAUGGACGUUGAGUAG